AUGCAGGAACAGGGUGCAGAUUUUAGAUCUCGUAUGUCAGCUUUCGUUAUCGCCGAAGCCUUGCUGAAACUCUACCAGAAGAAGAAGCUGUUCCCCUCCGGCAUGGAGCCCUCCAACCCUUUGGCCCAGAAAUGGGCGAUCAAGGAUCUCUCAGAUGGUGGAGACUCCCAGGAAUCCUCAUCGUCCUCGGGUGCCUUGGAGGACCUCAUGAAGCUGACCCAGCAGAAGCCGGUUGAGGCCGAAACCAAGGUUUCGCAGGAUCGUUUGAAGUUCAUGAAGGAGAAGAAGGCUGAGGGUUACAGUAUGGAAAAAAUCAAUCGUGCUUGGACCAAGAAGCUGAGGGAUGAGGAGGAUCAUGAAGCAGUUCAGGAUGAGCUGUUCUACCCUUCCUCCCAGUACAAGCCGAAGAAGAAGAAGGGUUUCACGCACCUCGAGGCCUGUAAGGCAUGGAUGCUGUCCAAUCGUCGAGCUAACAUGCUCUCGGACCUCCCGGAGAACGUGGCAGCUACAGAGAAAGCUGCAGCUGCCGUGCACAUGGAGCCGAAGGCUGUGCAUGCAGAUGGUGUGCCUGUCGUGGUUCUGCCGAAGCCUGCAGAUCUCGUGAAUCCCGAGCCGGCCGCUGCAUGUGCCGCCGAUGAAUAUGAGGAUUUGCUCCCUGGGGCCGUGGCCAAAGCCUGCAUGCCCUCGAGCCCAGAGGAAAGCCUAGAGGCAACUCCAGCGGCAGGUGAGCAGAGCGAGAGCGAAGCCUCGAUCACCUCGAGUACGCUGAGAUGGCAGUUUCAGCAGAUGAGGCAGCAGAUCGAGAACGAGGAGCAGGCUGUGCAGGCGAUCGAGAUCAAGGCGAUCGAGAUCAAGGCGAUCGAGAUCAAGGCGAUCGAGAUCGAGGCGAUCGAGAUCGAGGCGGCGAUCGAGAUCAAGGCGCCGAUCGAGAUCAAGGCGCCGAUCGAGAUCGAGGCGGUCCCGAUCGAGAUCGAGGCGGUCCCGGAGGCGAUCGAGAUCGAGGCGGUCCCGCAGGCGAUCUCGAUCGAGGAGGAGGAGGGUCGAUGCGAGCUGGUCGUGGUGAGGAUCUCAGCGAAGAGGGAUAUUGGGUUGUGGUUGGGUGAUAUCAUCAUGUGCAAGCUGAUCAAUUGGUGGUGCAGGGGAAUGCACCAUACGCUCUUCAUUUUCCCGUACAAUGGCCUAGAGGCUAAGUUUUGCCUCGAGCCGCCAAAGAAGGAGCCGAAGCUGUGGAAAGGUGCUUCGAAGCUGACACCUCCUAGGAGGGUCCGAGAAAAGUCAACCCCGGCGGGGAGCUCGGGGAUCAAGCGAUCUGCUGUAGAUCGUGACGGUGCAUGGGUAUACGAAGGGCAUGUUCAUGAGAAUCAAAAGAAGAAGAACAAGAAGCAAAAGCAACCCAAGGAGGAGGAGGAAGAGGAGGAGCAUGAUGCAGUGCCAGCAACAAGCAGCAAAAAGACCAAGAAGGAAAAGAAGGCGAAAGCCAAGGAAAAUAAGGCUGCAAAGGUUUCCAUUGAUCAAAUGGACACCCAGGAGUGGGAUGCCGAGGAUACGGGGCCAGGGGCACAGGAUCUGGCACAGGAUCUCGAAUGGGAUGAUGAGGUGCAGGCCGAGUGGGAGACAUGGCGAGAGGAAUGCAGGCUCAUCAAGAUCAGUCAGCAGGAGGAAGAGCAAGGCAUCGAUGGAGAGGCUUGGGAUCCGGAGGACUUCAUUCCUGAGAGCGACUGGUAUCAUAUGGUGGUACCUUCAAGUAAGUUGCCACUGUGGGGAGGGUUGAGAAGUGAUUAUGAGUCUUCGCACUCGUCUGAUCAGCUCGAGGAGGUGCCGGACGCCGAAGAUCCCGUACCGUCAACCGCGAAGGAGGUGCCGGAGAAAGUCGCCGAAGAUCCCGUACCGUCAACCGCGAUGGUCCUGCAUGAAAAGAAGGAGGAGAAGAUCACUUCGGCCACGCACCGCUCAAGCUGGAACAAGCUGGCGAAGCUUGCGGAGAGCGGCGAUGGUGUGGUCGUCUACUGGCGCACUGGUAGCAGAAAGGUCAGGGUGUGCUUGACCCUCCGCCAGAUGAGAAAGAAGCCGUACUUCUUCCCCAAGGAGAAGUGUGAGUGGAUCGCACAGAACAGAAAAGGCAUCGAGGACGAAGACUUUCCAGGUGGUCCACUAAAGUAUUGGGUCAAUGUCAUGAUGGAAGCCGAAGACUACAAGAAGAACCAGUCCGAAGUCCGAUCCCGCUCCAAUAUGGACGUUCAGGAGGCGAUGCAGGUUCACCUCGCGAACAAGCCUGCUUUUGGCAAGAAGUCUGAUCGCACAGAGACGGUCGAUGAUGACGAUGACAGCGACGAAGAGCAGAAGCCCAAGCCGAAGCCCAAUCGCGGGAAGAACAAGCCCUCGUCUACCCCCCAGCUGGCCUUGCCAGACAAGCCCUCGAAUAAGCCCGGCGGUAAGAAGGCAAAGGUCAAGAAGAUCAGUGUGUGGGAUACCCCAUGGGCCACCAAAGAAGAAAGAAAAGAGAAGUGGAGGGGAUUUCCGUCGAGACCUCUUCGAGAUGAUGAGCUUUUCGCAAAAGCCAAAAAGGCGAAGAUGGCGAUCCCCUGCUUGGCUCAGUAUGUCGUCACGCCUGUGCAUGUGCAUGCUGGGCAGAUCGAGUACCAGCCCUGGCCAUAUAUAAGUCCGAUAGAGUGGUUGGAAAAGUUGAUGGUGGACCAUCGAGAUGCCUUAGUACCAAGCCCCAGUGAGAUAAAGGAUUUCUGGAAAACGUGGCUCAAAGACCACCCCCUCGACGAAUUCCACGACGACAGCUGGCCGCUGGAGAGAAUUAUACCGCUACAAUUGUGGGGGGAUGAGGGUACCCUGAGGUCUAACUCUUGGCUCCUGGUGACUUUGCAAUCAGCCCUUGGCCCUCCUGAUGUGCGAAGUCUGUCGCAGGCGAGCAGGUACCCUCUUUUCUCUUUCCCCGUGGAAGGUUAUGUGAAAGAUCCCGACACCAAUGUCAACAUGUCGCUGGACAUGUUGUUGGAAAAAAUUUCCUCGGACUUCAACAAGCUGCUUAGCGAGGGCUUCACAACGAAGCAUGGACAUUUUUUUGCCAGGCUAGUAACGCUGAAGGGCGACUGGAAAUGGCUAGUGCAGGCACUGAACCUGGUUAGAUCGCCGAGCUCCGACAUGAUAUGCCCAUUUUGUCAUGCCGGGAAAACGCACAUGCUCUUCACGAAUGUCCGAGAGGAUGCCCCGUGGGCAAACACACUUUUCUCUUCUGCACCUUGGCAGGUGUUCCCUAGUAUAAUGCGGAUCAAGUAUUUUCGCCUGGAGAUGGUUGUCUUCGACCUGAUGCACGUUUGGCAUUUGGGGUGUGGCAGAGAUAUCGCCGGCACGUGCAUUAAGGAGCUCACGAAAGCCAAAAUUUUUGUUGGUAGCAAGAUCGGUGAGAGGCUCCAAUCGGCAUAUCAAUCCUUGAGAUCCUGGGCUCGAGAACACAACAAAACAUUGGCCAUCAAAAGGUUUACGAAGGAGAAUGUGCAUUG